ACCACUGGAUUUUGGUUCAAAGUUGUGCAAGAGUAAAGAUGUCGUACUUAGUGAAAGGAGUUCAGCAUUGCAGUCCUGUGAAGCAGAUGCACAAACUAGCAGGAACUCUGUUUAAAGCAUGCAUAUCAAAGAACAUGUUUGGCAUCAAUGAACAGCAGUUCAAAAUUUCACGUGCAUCAUCUCACCUUAGUUCUGAAAAGGCAAGCUCUUACAAUUACAUCAUUGUUGGGGCUGGAUCAGCAGGAUGUGUAUUAGCUAACAGGCUGACUGAAGACCCUCACAGUACUGUACUACUUUUGGAGGCAGGCCCUAAAGAUACUCUUCUAGGCAGUAAAAGACUGAUGUGGAAGAUUCAUAUGCCUGCUGCAUUAACAUACAACCUCUGUGAUGAGAAAUAUAACUGGUAUUACCACACAACACCACAAAGGCAUAUGGAUGACCGAAUUAUGUACUGGCCCCGAGGAAGAGUGUGGGGUGGCUCCUCUUCUCUCAAUGCCAUGGUAUACAUUCGUGGGCAUGCAGAAGAUUAUAAUCGAUGGAGCAGGGAAGGGGCUACAGGAUGGGACUACGAACAUUGCUUGCCCUAUUUUAAGAAGGCGCAGUCACAUGAACUGGGGCCAGAUCAGUACAGAGGUGGAAAUGGACCCCUGAAUGUGUCAAGAGGAAAAACAAACCAUCCUCUUCAUCAUGCAUUCCUGGAGGCAACCCAGCAAGCUGGGUAUCCCUUCACAGAUGAUAUGAAUGGUUACCAGCAAGAAGGAUUUGGCUGGAUGGACAUGACUAUACACCAAGGUCAAAGAUGGAGCACAGCUAGUGCUUACCUUCGCCCGGCCAUAUCACGCCCAAAUUUGUCAGUUUCAGAGAAGACACUUGUAACAAAAAUCUUGUUUCAAGGAACAAAAUCCAUUGGUGUUGAGUAUAUGAAAAAUGGACAAAGGAAAAAGGCUUUUGCCAGUAAAGAAGUUAUUUUAAGUGGAGGUGCCAUAAAUUCGCCACAGCUGCUUAUGUUGUCUGGGAUUGGCAAUGCAGAUGAGCUAAAAAACCUGGGGAUUCCUGUUGUUUGCCAUCUUCCUGGAGUAGGGCAGAACCUUCAAGAUCAUUUAGAGGUGUAUGUCCAGCAGAAGUGCACCAAACCUAUUACCCUGUAUAAUGCACAAAAGCCAGUUAAGAUGGUGAAGAUUGGUCUAGAAUGGCUUUGGAAGUUUACAGGUGAGGGAGCCACUGCCCAUUUAGAAUCUGGUGGCUUUAUCCGAAGCGAACCAGGGGUUCCUCACCCUGACAUUCAGUUCCACUUUCUCCCUUCUCAGGUGAUUGAUCAUGGCCGAGUUGCUUCCACAAUGGAGGCUUACCAGGUACACGUAGGACCAAUGAGGAGCGCGAGUGUGGGCUGGCUAAAGCUGAAGAGUUCAGAUCCAAAUGACCAUCCUAUCAUCGAGCCUAACUACAUGUCAACAGAAAGAGAUCGUUGGGAAUUCCGCCAGUGCAUCAAGUUGGCCAGGAAGAUCUUUGCCCAGAAAGCCUUCGAAAAAUUUCGUGGGCCUGAAAUUCAACCAGGAAGCCACGUUCAGUCUGACAAAGAAAUAGAUGCUUUCGUGAGGCAGAAGGCUGAUAGUGCUUAUCAUCCUUCCUGCACCUGUAAAAUGGGUCAGCCUUCCGACAGCGCUGCUGUAGUUGAUCCCGAAACAAAAGUAAUUGGCGUGGAAAACUUGAGAGUAGUGGAUGCUUCAAUAAUGCCCAGUGUUGUCACUGGAAAUUUGAAUGCCCCAACUAUUAUGCUAGCAGAGAAAGCUGCAGAUAUAAUUAAGGGCCUCCCAUCUCUGGAGGAGAGAAAUGUGCCUGUAUAUAAGCCCAAGACCUUAGAAACACAAAGAUAAACAAACAGUCUCAUUCUUCACAUCUCUUGCUACUAAAGCUUUCAGCAGCAUCUUGGUGUCUUGUACAGAACAAGCCAAUCAAGUUAAUACCAUGCAAAACAACAUAUCCUAUUGGAGUAACUACUCAUUUGGACCAUUACCUUAUACCAUACAACCUCAUCAUGUUUCUUUAAUUACUUGGCUUAAGCUGCUUAUUUUAGUUAAAAAUUACCUUAUAUGCUACUCUUCUGAGUUUUGACAAAGAGAAGCUGUCUCUAAAUGUCCAGACAGUUUGCAUGCAUAAACCAGAAACAGUGUGCAAUUGCAUGAGGCAUGGAAGAGACGAGUGCAUUUUGACCAUCACUAUGGUAUGCCUUGUUAUUUGCACAAAGGAUUCUAACUGCUGCGAGAGCAUUAGCCAGUAACCCCCACAUCCUGCAACAAACAGUUCAGGAGAUGGGAGCAUUUCUGCAGUUUGGUAUUCACAGGCAGAGGUAGCUUGUAUCAGAAUUCACAGGAGAGGGGAGAACCUGCACGCUUGCAGUCUCUCAGGUGUGGGGUUUUCUGAGAGGAAUGUGCAGUUAACAAAUCCUCACUCCACCAUUCUUAGAAGUCUUCACUGUGCAGUGUUCAGAAAGAAGCUGUACAUUGUAAUUUUUUCUUGCAAGAAGCCUAUUCAGUUCAUAGUCCAAUCUGAUUUAGUUGUACCACAUAUCAUGUAGCACAGUAAGAGGUCUGCACUUCCUAGGAAGUCCUUCAAGUUACUAAGCUUGCCUCAAACUUGAAAGUUUGAGAAAGACACUUCCCAGCAAAGAUGCUGGUUACUAGCACUGGAAUCGUAUCUUAGCAAAGGACAGCCAAGCUAGAUGUAAAGUGAAAGGCUACUCAAAAUAACUGCACAAAGUCAGACAGAGAUGAUGUGGGAAGUGAGCUUUUUCGAUCAGAAAGCAAGUGAUUUACUUGGUGCUGUAGUUAGGGCUUAAAUCUUUGCUUCCUUUUCUUCAGAUCUGUAAAGCAAGAUGUGUGAUCUGUCAUGACUGUUUCCUGUUUGAAUUAAACCAAAAAUCCCAGCCAGCCAACAACUGAACUCAAACCCAAAUGAUUCAAUAAGUAUUCAAAAAUAACUACGGACUAAGCAGCUGUCAUUAUGAAGUAAAAGCUUCUGUAAUGUAAGCUUGCUCAGGUCUUGUGGUAAACAGAAUAAACUGUUUUUCCAAAAAACCCAGAAUUUUGUCCCAUUAGAGCAGACUGUAACAAAAACUUGCUGACUCAGAUGUUGGCUAGAGGGACAACUGCAGAUGUUUAAGGCAGGUCUUUCUACUGGUGCUACUUGCUGUAAGGCCAUGUUUGGAAGCCCUGCUCCUGGACACAAAUCUUCUCAUCGAAGGGGACUUCUCAG